AUGAAUUCGGUGGAUGGAGGAGGAGAAGCGGGCCCGGACGGCCUGGCGACGGCAGGUUCUGGUAAAGCAGAGUGUGUCCGCGCGGUCGACGUCCUGACGGUGCUCAGAGAGAAAGUGGCCUUCGUGUCAGGUGGACGGGACAAACGCGGUGGACCAAUCCUGACCUUCCCUGCCAGGACCAAUCAUGAUCGAAUAAAACAAGAAGACCUCAGCCGAUUGGUCACUUACCUGGCGACCAUACCGAGUGAGGAUGUGCGUGCUCGUGGCUUCACGGUGGUGGUUGACAUGCGCGGCAGUAAGUGGGACAGCGUGAAACCAGUUCUACGGACACUGCAGGAGUCGUUUUCCUCCAACAUCCACACAGCGCUGCUCAUCAAACCGGACACCUUCUGGCAGAAACACAAGACCAACCUGGGCAGCGCCAAACUCAGCUUUGAGACCAGCCUGGUGUCGGUGGAGGGUCUGUCCCGGCUCGUCGAUCCCUCCCAGCUGACCUCUGACCUCGGUGGCUCGUUGGAGUAUGACCAUGUCGAGUGGACUGAACUGCGUCUGGGUCUGGAGGAGUUCACGGGGGCCGCCACGCAGCUGCUGGCCCAGCUGGAGCAGCUGGAGGCCGGGCUGAACCGCAUACCGGAGCCCCAGGAUGUGGACGAGGCCCGCAAACUUCUCGAGGAACACGGCCGUCUCCGUAACACGAUCGCCACAGCACCAGUCGACGCCCUCGAGCGAGAGGGACGGAGCUUGCUCCAGCGCAUGCGCCUGGGCCCCUCCCACGGUGACACCUCUACCGAAGGCGGCGGCGGUGGUGGCAGUCACGGCAGCUGGCUGUCGGGCGGAGCAGACUUCCAGAGUGUUGCGCCGAAGGUUUCGUCUUUGCUGGACCGGCUCCAGGGGGCUCGCAGUCACCUGCUGCAGAGCUGGGGCGACAGGAAGCUCCACCUGGACCAGGCGCUGCAGCUGCACCUGUUUGAGCAGGACGCCACCAAGAUGUCGGAGUGGAUCGCACACAGUAAAGAGUUAUUCGUGCAGAGUCUGGCGGAGGUCGGGCAGAACCACCAGCACGCCCUCGACCUCCAGACACAACACCAGCACUUUACGGCCAAUUGCAUGAACGGCAGCGUGAACGUAGACAGCGUGGUCACAGUGGCGGCGAGGCUGGCAGAGGCCGGUCACUAUGGGGCGGAGCGCAUCGCCUUGGUGUCGUCGCGGUUGCAGGAAGACUGGAAGUCCCUGACGAUGGCUCUGGAGGAACGCAGCAACACACUUGCCAUGGCAACCUGCUUCCACCAGGGGGCGGAGCAGUUCCUGCUCAAAGUGGAGGGUUGGGUUCAGGCGUGCUCUGAGGGGGCGUUGCCGUCGGCGACAGCAGAGCUGGAAGCUGCAACAAAGAAACACCAGGAGCUGAACGAGGAGAUUUCUGCCAACUACACGCAGGUCAGCGAGAGCGGGAAAGCCUUGUUGGACGUCCUCCAGCGCUGCCCAGCAGCCGACUCCGACGACUCUGCGACCAAACCAGACUUCACUGCUGCCACGCACGGCAUCAUGGGAGUUCUGCACCAGGUCAUGCAGGGUCAACAUGAGGUGGAGGGGGCGUGGCAGCAUCGUAAGCUCCGCCUCCACCAGCGCCUGCAGCUGUGUGUGUUUCAACAGGAUGUCAGACAGGUGUUGGACUGGGUGGAGCAGCACGGUGAGGUUUUCCUGAACAAA